CGGCGAAGGGGAGGAGCCGCAGGGACGGACGGCCGCGCGCACCAACCCGGCGCAGGCUGGCAGCAGCCGCGCAGAGGCUGGCCGGAGCGCGUUGCAGCCGCUCAGCGUAGGGGGAGUCGGGUAGCAGCAUCCUCCCGGGCGCUGCUUUCGCACGGCGGCGGCAGCGGCGGGGGCUCCCUCUGCCCCGAUACCUCGUUGGCCAGAAGCGGCUGGUGCCGCGGGGGAGGGGGGGGGCGGGCCGGCAAGGGAGCGUUGCAGACUCCGUCUCCUUGGCCGAUUGUUGUGUGUGUAGGGUCCUCCCGGGCCAGUAGGAGGCUGCGGAGCGGCGGGCGCUGCAGGCUAUGCCGGCCCGGGCAUCCUCCGAGUGAUGGAAGAAGCAGCUGCUGCCGCUGCAGGGUCGCGCUGCACCCCAUCCACCGCCGCCAGAGAGAUGGGAAGAUUCCGGGCGCGGAGGCCGAGAGCGAGAAAGGCGGAGCCGCUUUGCGGGGAGCUGAGUCCUGUAUAAGCCCCCUCCCCCAGCCGGCUUCGCCCCCUGGAGCGAGGAAGGAAGCUGUGGUCUCGAGAGGGCGGCGGAGACACCGCUGGAGCUGGGCAUGCUGGGCUCAGCAGAGCGCGGAGCAGGGUUCCAGGCCCGGUGAAAGUUUCCCUUCCCGAGCCGCAGGGCGCCCGCUGCCCGGAAACUGUCCAGGGCUUGGGCUGCCGAGUCCCGCGGCCCCCUCUAAGGCGAGGGGACUACCGGGCAAGACCGUGCGCGAGAAACCGAGGAACGAGUGACAGCGGGACAGACCAUCCGGGCGUGAUCCCGGGCGGCUCCGGGGCGCGCCCGCGGCACCAGGUCUUUAUCGGAGCCGCUGCCAUGGGAGAGCCAGCCUUGGGCGUCGGGGACCAGCCGCCGCUGCUGCCGCGUCCGCCUCGGAGCCGCGGCCCCAGUCUCCGCGCCCGAAGUCGGCCCGCUGCGUCCCCCUCCUGGGCUGCAGGGCCGCCUCCGCCGCGCCGCCGGCCCCGGCUGUGCCUGUGAUGAGCCGCAGCCCGCCGCGAGCCCUGCCCCCGGGCGCGCCCCCCCGGUUGCUCCCGGCUGCGCCUGCCGCCGCACCGCGCGCCCUGCUCCCGCCGUGGCCCAGGCGCCCGGGCCGUCGCUGGCCCGCGUCCCCGCUCGGAAUGAAGGUGUUCCGCAGGAAGGCGCUGGUGCUGUGCGCGGGCUAUGCGCUGCUGUUGGUGCUCACCAUGCUCAACCUCCUGGACUACAAGUGGCACAAGGAGCCGCUGCAGCAAUGCAGCCCCGACGGGCUGCUGGGUGCCGCGGCUGGGGGCGGCUGGGCGCGCCCGGGGCAGCCUCCGGCUGUGCCGCCCCGCGCACACACCCGCUUGGACCCUCGUACUCCGUAUCGUCCUCCUGCCGCCGCAGGCGUCGGGGUGGCCCCAGCCGCCGCCGCAGCAGCAGGGGCAGCGGGGGCCGUGGCCCCUCCUCGCAAUGGCACUCGGGGCACCGGGGGUAGCGGAGAAAAGAGGCAGUUGGUGUAUGUGUUCACCACGUGGCGCUCGGGCUCGUCUUUCUUCGGUGAGCUCUUCAACCAGAACCCCGAGGUGUUCUUUCUCUACGAGCCAGUGUGGCAUGUAUGGCAAAAACUGUACCCAGGGGACGCUGUUUCUCUUCAAGGGGCUGCGCGGGACAUGCUGAGCGCUCUCUAUCGCUGCGACCUCUCGGUCUUCCAGCUGUACAGCCCUGCGGGUAGCGGGGGGCGCAACCUCACCACGCUGGGCAUUUUCGGGGCAGCCACCAACAAGGUGGUGUGCUCCUCGCCGCUGUGCCCAGCCUACCGCAAGGAGGUCGUGGGGCUGGUGGAUGACCGCGUGUGCAAGAAGUGCCCGCCGCAGCGCCUGGCACGCUUUGAGGAGGAGUGCCGCAAGUACCGCACGCUGGUCAUCAAGGGCGUGCGUGUCUUCGACGUGGCCGUGUUGGCGCCCCUGCUGCGCGACCCGGCCCUGGACCUCAAGGUCAUCCACCUAGUGCGCGAUCCGCGUGCUGUGGCCAGCUCACGCAUCCGCUCGCGCCACGGGCUUAUCCGCGAGAGCCUUCAGGUGGUGCGCAGCCGGGACCCGCGAGCCCACCGCAUGCCCUUCCUGGAGGCCGCUGGCCACAAGCUGGGCGUCAAGAAGGAGGGCGUGGGCGGCCCGGCGGACUACCACGCGCUUGGCGCUAUGGAGGUCAUCUGCAACAGCAUGGCCAAGACACUCCAGACGGCCCUGCAGCCCCCUGACUGGCUGCAAGGCCACUACCUGGUCGUGCGGUACGAGGACCUGGUGGGAGACCCCGUCAAGACCCUACGGAGGGUGUACGACUUUGUGGGGCUGCUGGUGAGCCCCGAAAUGGAACAGUUUGCCCUCAACAUGACCAGCGGCUCAGGCUCCUCCUCUAAGCCUUUCGUAGUGUCCGCGCGGAAUGCCACGCAGGCCGCCAACGCCUGGCGGACGGCCCUCACCUUCCAGCAGAUCAAACAGGUGGAGGAGUUUUGCUACCAGCCCAUGGCCGUGCUGGGCUAUGAGCGGGUCAAUAGCCCCGAGGAGGUCAAAGACCUCAGUAAGACCCUGCUCCGGAAGCCCCGGCUCUGAGAGCGUUUCCUGGGAGAGCCGACUCCCGGUGGGGACGCCCACAGGAGGACUGUGGUGUAUUUAAACAAAAACAGCCCAGACCCAAACUGAGGAAGCCCACAUAUUCUAUUAUAGAUAUAUAAUAUAAAUAACCACACAGGCACUUGCUGUCAAUGUUUUGAGUCAUUGAAUUUCAAGGAACAGCCACAAUAUACACACAUCUCAGCAAAGGCAAGACUUGAAAGUUCUGACCAGCUCCCCCACCCCCUCUCCCCUGCCUCUUCUCCUUUCCUUUUUCUCCCCUUUCCUACCCUCUCUCUUACCUGCCUUCCCUUUUGAAGUGGGAUGUUGAUUAAAUCAAGAUCCAGUAACUUAAAUCUUGUUUACAAAAUUUUCGUGGUAUCUGUGAACAUGUAAAAGUAAUUUGGUUGUGAGGGGUGGGGGUGGAGAAAGGGGAAGUUGUCCAGGAGCGCAGAGCUCCAUUGGAUGAUAAACCGAGGAGGCAUUCUUCUAAAAGUAGACUUGUGUAAAAAGCAAAGGUUCUAUGUGAGUAUUAAUAAAAAAGAUAAUAAAUAAUAUUCUUUUUAAUAUUUGCCUCCAUUACUUUGGAUUGACCUGGGCUACUUCUCUUGUGUAGCUUCAGACAGACUUUGCUUCCUCUCCCCCCACCUCCUCUCCCCAUUCUGUUUCCUAGAAAACUGCUAGGAUGGGUGGGAACAGCUUCUGACUCCUUGAUAAGAACCUUGGAGUAGUUUUCUCACAUGUAAAUCACAGCCUGUCAGGUGAGCAGGAGUGGGGACAAACCUUCGAAUUCUAAAGGCAAACACCAAGCAGGGUGGUGGAGGGAAAACUCACACUACUUUCCUGUUCCACUUUGAGCACAGCAAGGAAGAAGCAGCCCUUGGGGCUUUGAAGGCAUUCGGUUUUGAUUACUGUUCAGUUAAGACUGGGGAACCCUGAAGCAGAGACAUGUUUUGGUUCUGAGGUUAGUUCAGAAAAAGGACUUAAAAAAAAAAAAAAGGAAUAUAAGUAAAAAAUUUCUGAGGAUUAAAACACAGACCACAAAAAUCAGCAUGAAUGUAUUGUUGAUGAUAGCAGCAACUUCUUUGGUUAGAAAAAUAACAAGUAUAUGUGUCUGGAGUGUUCUUCUGCCUGUGACCCAGUAAAUGGAGGCAUUCAAAAAGGGAAGUUUCACCUGAGAGCUAUAAGGGCACUCACAGGCUUUUCCUUUUCUUUCUUGGUUCCCAUUCAAAUCAGUGCAAAACAGAAUGUGAAUUUGUCAUGGCUUACGUGGGAUGCCCACGAGGGUGCAUUACUUUUCCUGACUGUGUUUCCUAAAAGUAAAAUUGCAAAGAAGCUAUAACAUGUUACAGACAGCAUAAGGCUUCAGUCAAGAGCUCCUUUUAGAUAGGAAAAUGAAUUCUGGGAAAGAGGAAAUGAAAAUGAAUUAUGAGUAAGUGUGUUGGAUUUUGAGAUUUGGUAUUUUCCAGGGAGAAAACCGUGCCAGUUUUCCUGCAAUGGUGAUGGUGUGCUGCUGUCCUGAGAUUUCGACUGAAGCAUUCUGUAUUACAGUACGAAGUUUUAAACCCUAAGUAAGGAAUGAGAGACAGUGUAGUUAUAUAUUUCAUUAGAGAUGGUACGAGUUUGAGAUUAUCAUGACUUUAUUUUACUGUAAUUUAUUGUGAAAUCUCUGCAGGCCAAGCUACGUUGGCUAAACGUGGGGGAUCUGAAGGAAAAUAUGAUGAAAAAUAAUAUGUACAUGGGAAAGAUUUUAAGACAAGGUGAUUCUUAAGUAUAAUUUUCAUUACAAUGUGAAAUCUAACUACACUGUUGAGAGUUCAAGAUAAAGAAGCACAGAAGUUAGAAAAACAGAGUUGUGUUUAGCAGUGGGUUUUCUAACAUACUCUAGAAUGACUAGUUCUUAAUUUCCUAAAACAGUUUGUAGUAUUGUGUUGUUUAAAUCAGACGACAGCUAUGAUACAUGGAUCAUGUUUUCUAUGCUAUUUUCACGGUAGCGCCUCUACCCAAUUACCAUCGGCAGCAACAGAAGAUUUGUAAUAGCUUUCAUUGAAGAAUACUAAAAUUAAGUGAACAAAAUAAAUAUUAAUGUUGGACAACUAUAGGUGAAACAGGUUUAACAGGAAAUCAAGACCGCAUCAUUAAAAGGCAACCAUUCUGAAUAAAAAACCACGGAAAAACAAACUUCAUGUGGCGUUAGAAUCAGCUCUUAUCACUUGAUUACAGUAAAAUUCAUGCUUCAUUUUUGAGUGAAGGAUUUUUUAAACAGUGGAAUUCAUUUUUCUCUCAGUAUAUGUAAGGACUUGGUGUUAAAGUAGAAUUUCGAUGUGUUUGGAUCUUGUAUCUAAAAAAAAAAACCAAAAAAAAAAAAAACCAAAAAAACCAAAAAAACCCUGGAUGCCACGUGGGGCCCUGGCAGCCGGCAGAGCACUCACGGCCUCCGCUCAGAUGAAAUUUUAAGCAUCAACACCAUUUGUCCCCUGGUGGUGUUUGAACGGGGUUUCUGCCCAAUACCCUUGUUUGUAGCAGAUGCUUGCUCUCCACUCUGCCGCUCUGUCAUUGGAAAAGGUGAAUUGUGGCUCCUGGAGAUGUGUACCUAGCUGCAUUCUAGGAAAGCAAGACAGGUGUAGUUCCCACCAACAGCCGAGACAGUCCUAUCAGUGACAUUCAGCUUCCACGGGUCGGAUAAGGGGAGAAGGUUUUUUGGUGUUCAUAAGCUCCUGUCAGCUUCCAGUGCAAGCAGACCUGGGCCCCGGCAAACCGCACCCGAGACUGUGACCGUUUCUGAGGCAGCAGCCGUAAAGGCAAUGCUUUUCCAUGUCCCAGCUUGGCAGAAUGUCCAUCAGCAGGAGGAAAUAUUCUUCAGAGCAGGUUAUCGGAGUGAUUUUUAUUUUCAAAUUCUGCUCAGCUGAUAGUACGCCUGACUGCCCCCUUUGACUUUGGAAUGCCUUUGUUAAUUAGAAAGCUCUAUUUAUAAAACGUAGUCUACCUGGUGCAUCUAGUCAACAAAUAAGAGUUUGGAACAAGGCAGUGGCACUGGCUGGGUACUUGAAUUUCAGGGAGCUCAGAGGCACUCAAAGGCCUCAUUCAGACUGACCCGUGGGCACCUUUGCAGGCAGGGACUGGGGCAAAUCCUGUACCCGUCAGUGUCCACGGCGUAGUGAGUCCUUGAUAAACGCUUGGUAAGUAAGUGAAUGAAAUAGUGAACUGUCGAAAUUUUAAAGCGCUCAGAAGGGAAAGAGUGAAAGAAUGUGUUCCCUGUUUGGAGAAAUUGCUAGGCUGUUCACUGAAGUUUGCUGGAGGAAGGGGGCCUUGGGCUCUGUUUCGAUGUGGGGAGCGGGCAACAGGAACGUCUUCAAGAUUUCCUGAGUGCCCGGGUAUAGGCUAAUAUUUCCCGCAGAGGAAUUAGAAACAAAAAUUCAGAGUUUCUGAAUGUGGAGAAGUAAAAAUUUCUAGAUGAGGGAUUUGACAUUCAUUACUUGUUUUCCCAAUUGUAUGAACAAGAGAAUGGAGGGUCAAAGCUACCUGUGGAACAAAUGCUGCCUUGGUACCUAAGGGAGGACUGUAUAGUUGUAAUAUAUAUUUAUUAUUUUGAGGGCUUUGAAUGAGCAGUUUAACGGACCACGAGGUGGAUUUCACCCAGGCAGAGGAAUAGUUAUUUUCAGGAAGUUCGGCCUCUUGUGGAUGCUGAAUGAGACAAUGGUGGCCUGUCCCCAUGCAUCCCUGCCUGGCUCUGGCCAGUCCUGUCCAGGAUUUCUGUUGUGUACGGUGUAGUUGCGGCUGGAUUAUGCUGUCGGUUUGAAAUUAAUGUGAAUCUGAGAGAGGCUGUUAAUGAAUAUUCCCCGGGUCUCAGCAAUGAAAUAAAGAUCAUGU